GGGAAACGAGAAAAAGGAUGAUAGAGAAGAGGAAGCAAAACGCGACACAUUGAAGACUCUCUCCUCUCGACAAAAUCCCAAUUUUCGCAUCUUCACUUUCUCUACCUUUUUCUCUUUGUGCCGCCAUCGCCACCCUGUUCCACCACCGCCGCAACCGCUGCGUCUUCACCGGCUCUCUUCGCCGUCCUUCUCCUCUCCUGAUUCCCUAGGGUUUCCGCUUCCGCCUCCGCUUCUCUCUCCAUCCAGGGUUCUCCGAGCUGGAUUCUCUACUCUUCUUCCGCUCAAUCUCCUUGCGCCGCUGGUGCAGCGGCUUCGUUGAUUGAUCUCGCUUUCUUCGUCUCCGCCUCCUUUUCGUUCUCCUUUCUUAUCCAAUCCGAACGAGCAAGUGAGGGCAGUGGAUUUGAUUUGUUUGAAUUCGGGGUGUUUUUUUCUUUUUCCUUUUCCCGAUUUGGAUGGCAUUAGGGGACUUGAUGGUAUCUCGGUUCUCGCAUUCCUCGGUCUCCGUUGUCACCAAUCACCACUACGACGAUGACUGCGCCUCCUCUGCCGCUUCCAGUCACGGCGAUGGCGAUUCGUCCAUCGCCUCGCGUAGAAGGGAUUCCGAGGCCGCGAUCAGCAGCUACGGAAAUGCCACGACGGCCACCGCCGUCUCCUCCUCCUCUUCCACCACCACCAGCAUGGCUUACUUGCCUCAAACUGUCGUGCUCUGCGAACUCAGACAUGACGCAUUCGAGGCGUCUGCGCCCUUGGGACCUUCCGAGAGCAGCAUAGUCUCGAAAUGGAGGCUUAAAGAACGAAUGAAAACAGGAUGUGUAGCUUUAGUUCUGUGUUUGAACAUUAGUGUUGAUCCGCCGGAUGUUAUCAAGAUAUCUCCUUGUGCAAGGAUGGAGUGCUGGAUAGAUCCAUUUUCUAUGGCCCCUCCAAAAGCGCUUGAGACAAUUGGCAAAAACUUGAGCUCUCAAUAUGAGAGAUGGCAACCGAGGGCUCGUUAUAAGGUUCAAUUAGAUCCUACUGUGGAUGAAGUGAGGAAGCUCUGUUUGACUUGUCGUAAAUAUGCAAAGACAGAGAGAGUUCUCUUCCACUAUAAUGGGCAUGGUGUGCCAAAGCCUACUGCAAAUGGUGAAAUCUGGGUGUUUAAUAAGAGUUACACUCAAUAUAUUCCCUUGCCAAUCAGUGAGCUUGAUUCCUGGUUAAAGACACCGUCAAUCUAUGUUUUUGAUUGCUCUGCUGCUGGGAUGAUUGUCAAUGCUUUUGCAGAGCUUCAUGAGUGGGGUUCUUCUGGCUCUUCUGGUUCCUCGAGGGACUGCAUUAUACUUGCUGCUUGUGAAGCACAUGAGACACUUCCUCAGAGCGUUGAAUUUCCUGCUGAUGUGUUUACUUCUUGCCUCACAACACCUAUCAAAAUGGCGUUAAGAUGGUUCUGCAGGCGUUCCCUUUUGAAAGAAAUCAUCGAUGAAUCGCUAAUUGACAGAAUUCCUGGUCGCCAAAAUGACCGUAAAACACUGCUAGGAGAGUUGAAUUGGAUUUUCACGGCAGUUACCGAUACUAUUGCUUGGAAUGUUCUGCCCAAUGAUCUUUUCCAGAGAUUGUUCAGACAGGACUUGUUGGUUGCUAGCCUUUUCCGGAAUUUCAUACUUGCGGAGAGGAUUAUGCGCUCCGCAAAUUGUUCUCCAAUAUCUCACCCUAUGCUGCCACCUACGCAUCAACAUCAUAUGUGGGAUGCAUGGGACAUGGCUGCUGAAAUCUGCCUUUCUCAGCUUCCUCAAUUAGUUGAGGAACCGAAUGCAGAGUUUCAGCCAAGCCCUUUUUUUAGUGAGCAACUGACAGCUUUUGAAGUGUGGCUUGAUCAUGGAUCGGAGCAUAAGAAGCCACCGGAGCAGUUGCCUAUUGUUCUUCAGGUCUUACUUAGUCAAUGCCAUCGGUUUCGUGCUCUUGUGCUUCUUGGACGAUUUCUUGAUAUGGGUCCUUGGGCUGUAGAUCUGGCCUUAUCCGUUGGAAUAUUCCCUUACGUUCUGAAGCUUUUGCCAACAACCACAAAUGAGCUGCGGCAGAUUCUUGUAUUCAUAUGGACAAAGAUUCUUGCCUUUGACAAGUCAUGUCAGGUUGAUCUUGUGAAGGAUGGUGGUCAUGCAUAUUUCAUCAGAUUUCUAGAUAGCUCAGGUGCAUUUCCUGAACAGCGGGCUAUGGCUGCAUUUGUUUUGGCUGUCAUUGUGGAUGGUCACAGACGAGGCCAGGAAGCAUGUCUUGAAGCUAAUUUAAUCUGUGUGUGUCUGGGGCACCUUGAAACACCCCUACCAAAUGAUCCACCGCCAGAACCUUUGUUUCUACAAUGGCUUUGUCUUUGUCUUGGAAAGUUGUGGGAAGAUUUUGCAGAGGCCCAGAUAAUGGGUCGGGAGGCCAAUGCUUUUGUUAGAUUGUCUCCUCUGCUUUCUGAACCUCAGCCAGAGGUUAGGGCUGCUGCUGUAUUUGCCUUGGGUACCUUACUCGACAUUGGAUUUGACUCUGGUAAAAGUGUUGGAGACGAUGAAUUUGAUGAUGAUGAAAAGAUUAGAGCAGAAGAUACUAUUAUCAAAAGUCUGUUAAAUGUAGUUUCUGAUGGGAGCCCGCUUGUCAGGGCAGAGGUUGCUGUAGCUCUUUCACGUUUUGCCUUUGGCCAUAAACAGCACCUAAAGUCAGUUGCAGCCUCAUAUUGGAGGCCUCAAUCAAGUUCUUUGCUGACUUCGUUCCCUUCAUUCGCCAAGAUUCAUGAUGCUGGGAGCUCUACAAUUGUUUCUUCACACAUGGGUCCUCUGACAAGAGCAAGCACUGAGAGCCUACCAGUAUUUCGUGAAUCAAGGGUCUCAUCAAGCAGUCCACAUGGUUCUUCUGGACUCAUGCAUGGAUCUCCAUUAUCUGAUGAUUCUUCACAACAUUCUGAUACCGGAGUAAUUCAUGAUGGUGUUAGCAAUGGAGUUGCCCAUCCGCCUAGACCAUUGGAGAAUGCGGUUUAUUCGCAGUGUGUUGUAGCUAUGUUUGCAUUAGCCAAAGAUCCAUCUCCACGUAUCGCUAGCCUUGGACGGCGUGUUUUGUCUAUUAUUGGAAUUGAACAAGUUGUUGCAAAACCCUCAAAGCCCAGUGGCCGACAAGGUGAAGCUGCAACAUCAUCUCAUACCCCUCUUGCUGGCCUAGCUCGUUCAUCUUCAUGGUUUGAUAUGCAUGCAGGACACCUGCCUUUAACGUUUAGGACUCCCCCUGUGAGCCCUCCUAGGACAAGCUACUUAACAGGUUUAAGGAGAGUUUGUUCACUAGAGUUCAGGCCGCAUCUCAUGGGUUCUCUGGAUUCGGGAUUGGCUGAUCCGCUUUUAGGAGCCAGUGGAUCUGAAAGAAGUUUGCUUCCGCAGUCAACUAUUUAUAAUUGGAGCUGUGGUCACUUCUCUAAACCACUUCUUGGUGGAGCAGACAACAGUGAGGAGAUAGUAGCCAGAAGAGAAGAGAAGGAAAAAUUUGCGCUUGAGCACAUUGCGAAAUGCCAACAUUCUUCAAUUAGCAAGCUCAACAACAAUCCUAUAGCUAAUUGGGAUACAAAGUUUGACGCUGGAACCAAGACGGCCCUCCUUCAUCCAUUUUCUCCAAUAGUAAUUGCUGCAGAUGGAAAUGAACGGAUCAGGGUGUGGAAUUAUGAGGAAGCAACUCUUCUCAAUGGUUUUGACAAUCACGAUUUUCCUGACAAAGGAAUUUCAAAGCUGUGUCUUGUCAAUGAGCUUGAUGACUGUUUGCUGCUUGUUGCUUCAUGUGAUGGAAGUGUUCGGAUAUGGAGGGAUUACACAACAAAGGGAAAACAAAAGCUUGUUACAGCUUUUUCGUCCAUCCAGGGUCACAAGCCCGGAGCACGUGGCUUGAAUGCUGUUGUGGAUUGGCAACAGCAAUCUGGUUACCUGUAUGCUUCUGGGGAAAUGUCAUCUAUCAUGCUUUGGGACCUGGAGAAAGAACAGCUCGGCAAUUCUAUUCCCUCUUUCUCUGAUUGCGGUGUCACAGCACUUUCGGCUUCUCAAGUGCAUGGGGCCCAACUCGCUGCUGGUUUUGCUGAUGGAUCUGUAAGACUUUAUGAUGUUCGGACACCCGAUAUGCUUGUCUGCUCUACUAGACCUCAUCAGAGAGCCGAAAGAGUCGUUGGAAUCAGCUUUCAGCCUGGGCUCGAUCCUGCAAAGAUUGUGAGCGCAUCACAGGCUGGUGACAUCAGGUUUCUUGAUCUCAGAACGACAAGGGACACUUACCUAACCAUAGACGCCCACAGGGGCUCACUCACAGCCCUGGCUGUUCACAGACACGCCCCUAUCAUUGCAAGUGGUUCAGCGAAACAGCUCAUCAAGGUCUUCAGCCUCCAGGGUGAACAGCUUGGAAUUAUCCGAUACUACCCUUCAUUCAUGGCCCAGAAAAUCGGGUCGGUCAGCUGCCUCUCGUUUCAUCCAUACCAGGUUCUGCUCACGGCCGGUGCUGCAGAUUCAUUUGUCUCCCUCUACACCGGCGACAACGCUCAAGCAAGAUAAUGAUAGAUCUGACCUGUAAGUGGAUCUCUUCCCUGGGUAAACGGUAAAAUUCUUGAAGCACAUCUCAAGCUGGUUAUAUAUACAUCACGAGAGUAGAAAAAGGGAUUGCAGUUGCAUUGAUUAUAGAUGAAGGAGAAUGAUAGAGAACCGGUGGCGUUUGUGGAGCAGGGGAUGGGGUUCGUGUGAUUUACCAAGAAAAUAUUCAUUUAGCCUCCCGUGGGGUUUGAAAGAUGAGAAGAUCCAUAUCAUCUUAUAAGGUGAUCGUUUACGGUGGGAGGCUUUGCCGAAUAAAAUAAUUUCUACGCCACGUAAAUGGUUUGUAAAUAGCUUGUCUGUUUGUUUGUUUCUGCUUUUUCUUUGGUGUGAUCUCUCUUGUUUUUUUUUUCCUCCUGGUUUCAUUCUUAAAAAGGGGGGAAAUUGCGUUAACGUAAAUUAUUAUUUGCCCUUGUAGAUUCAGUCAGGGUUUCAAGCAGUGGGAAAAAGUCGAUGGGUUUCAGUUUAUAAUUGCUUUGUUUUCUCUUCUCUUUCGGAAUGUAAAUUUGCAAUGUCAAAAAGAGUCGAUAGUUUUACAACGCAGGUACAUUCAAAGCUUAAAAUAGCUGUUACAUGGUUAAAGGUCCACUUAGCCCUCCCCUCCUUUCUCCCUCUUGACAACGGACCGUACUCAUCCUACCGGUGAACCAGAAUUCUAGAUUUGGAAUACCCGGUUUACGGAUUGAGUGUCCCCUGUCAACUCUUCGGAGAUGGCAUUGAAUCCAUAGAAGGUUGAGCAUCGCAACUCCGGCCUUGUGAGUUUUAAUUAUUACAUAGCAAUCCAUUUUACUACCGCCCGGUCUAAUUUCGUUGUUACCCAAAUACACAGUUUCAUUCUACACAGCAAUAGCAUUGUGUUUACUUCUCAUGGGGCUUUCUUAGAAAGUGUCUAAAGGUGGUUUUUUUUUUUUGGGGGAUUACGGAGACAAUGUCUACAUGAUACGACGAAUAAUACAUUUAUAAAAUUCAAAUUCUAAACAAAGGGCAUAAUGUUAAUUUUAUUUUCAGCCGCCACACGACACAGAUGAUCGUCUCGCGUGGGGCACACCAAUCUCUUUCCACCUCCCACGUACGCAGCAGCACUUUAUAGUUUAUAUGGCGAAGGGACUUUUAUGUUCUAAACCGUUGGUUUACUUUCUCGUCCAACAUAAUUUUAUUUAGCACUCUGAGGCUGAGCUCAACAGGUUUUCUUUGAACAUAAAUAAAUGAAUAAGCAAACUUUUUCACCUGGUCACGUUCUCGAUGAGGACUAUGUAUGUCAUGUCUCAUUUGCUACUCUUGAGACCACCACCAGCAUUCCAGAACACAUUCAGAUCUUCAAACAAUCUGUACGGAGGAACGUACGGCUUCUGAGCCAAGCCCGUCUCCGCUUUCCCAACAUUACCCGAUGACUCAAUGCCGCUUCCUCUUGCAGGAAGCGAAUUAGAGUACUGCAAUUGUCUGUCUAAACUCUGCUGCUGCUGCAAUGAUGUCC